AUGGCUGCGAGCCGUCAAAAUGAGGCUCUUGUGAUGAUAAGCCUCUUUCCAGUUCUUUCCACAAUAUUCGUCAUACUGCGAACAUACUCACGGUAUUUGAGUCGGAACUUCGGAUGGGAUGAUUACCUGAUCUUGCUCUCAACGCUGCUGUUGACGGGUCAGACCUUGACUGUGUAUAAAUAUGUCCUAGUGAGCGGUACUGGGUAUCAUGUCUACGAUCUUCCCAAGCAGACCGUUGCGGAGAAGAUCACCGCACUGAAAUGGAGUUUCGCGGUGCAAAUGUUCUAUCAUCCUCUAAUGUGCGCCAUCAGAGCGAGUAUUAUCAUGUUCUUAUUCCGGAUGAAAGACUCCCGCCGAAGGAUACGGUAUUCGCUACAUAUCGUCUUCUGGUUGAACAUCGGGUACACCGUCGCAACUACACUGGGAAACACACUGCAGUGCAACCCAGUUCAGUAUACUUGGCUUCGUCCUGAGAUGGACCAGUACGACGCUGAUGGCAAUGUCACUGUCAAAGGCGGAUCGUGCAUCGACUCUCGGACCUUUGUCCUCUCGAGUUGCGCUCUCAGCAUAUUCAUGGACUUGAUCAUAAUACCGAUCCCUAGCAUUAUGGUAUGGAGCCUACAGAUGAGCGUCAAGACCAAGACACUUGUUGUGCUUGUUAUGAGCCUGGGUUGGAUCGCUACAGGCGUCUCAGUCGGACGUUUUAUAGUAUACUACUACCGCUUCGCGCCCAUAAACCUCGAUCGAACCUGGGAUAUCGGUAUCGUCAUAUCGAUCGCCGAGCCAGCUGUCCACGUAAUUACCGCUUGUGCCCCAGCCACCAAAGGCUUGUUCCGCAUGCUGUUCCCAUCCUUCAACUCAGAUUACCCGACCUACGAUGAGAGCUACGUUCCGUACACGCCAUCGAAUACGAAACUCGGUUCUCAUACUACAGCAUCCAAACUGCGACCGUCUAUGAGAUUCAACUUCGGACUGUCUUCAAAAGGGGCUGAAGAGGGUCAAGACGUCGUCAUAACGGAGAGAGAACGUGAUAGCCCCAGAGGCGAGGAUGUGUACGGUAUGAAACCAUUGGGGAGCGUUGACUCCAGGGAGAGUAUAGGACAUGACGAUUAUGAGCCCAGGGCUAGCAAAGCCAACAGGGAGUAUAGCAAGGGAGACAGCGGCAUCAUCGAGGCAGAACCGAAGCACAUCUUGAGACAUGCCAAAUGA